AUGCAUGCGAACAAGCAGACCUCGAAAAAAGCCCUCGAACAUGUAAAGGAGGACGCCAUGGGGGCGCAGGAAUCCGUGAAGAAGAGCGUCGGAGCCGCCAAGGAAACGUCCCUCGAGAAGUCUUCCAAGGCCGAAUCGAAGGUUGAGGAGGUCGGUAAAGAAGCCGCCGCUGAGGUUAAGCAUAAGGCGAACGAAGCUACAGAAGCAGCCAAACAUGCAGAGGACGCUGCCGAGAAGGAGUCGAGCGACGAAAAGAAGGUGUCGUCGCGUGCACGUCGGCCGCCAAAGUCGGCGGCCGCGGCCGGUAAUGCCGCGCAGAAGAGAGGAGAAGAACUCUGGGAAAGAGGUGCAGGCAAAGCGUACUCAGUUUCUCGCGAGUCCCAUGAGGCAGCCCCCGCUGACGACAAACAUCGUUCGGCAACGGAGAAGACCGAGGAGAAAGCGCAGAGAGCUGCCGAAGGGAUAAAGGAGAAUUCCCAGCAUGCAGCCCGCACCGAUCGCACCGAGAGCGCGGCCGAGGUGAUGAAGGAGGCCAGUACUCAAGCCCACGAUGUGAGGGACGAAGAUAUUCAAUGGCUGUGGCCGGACAGCCAGAACGAAGUCUCAGCCGUGGUACGACACUCUGAACCUGUGGGUAAGCACUCGAAACACUCACAUCACGAAGAGCUGAAGCGAUCGGAACCGAAGCCGCAUGACACCGUGGCCAAGGACGACUAUGCACAUGCAAGCUAUUGCUUUGUGAUCGCUGUGGUAGACGGUCAAAGGCCAUCGUAA